UAAUAAAGAAAAGAUUAAUCGUCUUAGCUAUGGCGUUCAAUAGAGCACAACUGUUGCUUGCUGCCUUCACUCUGGGUUUGCUCCUCGUGUCCCACAGUGCAGAGGCUUACCAUGGGUUUUGUCACUCCAUUAGCAAGACUUACAAAAGAAUAUGCACUGACAAGGAGGACUGCUCGAAGGCGUGCAUACGCGAGAACUUCUAUGAUGGCUUCUGCUCCGACAUUGAGAUUGAUCAUCACGUGUGCGUCUGCCGCACAGAGUGCAUGAAUGCACUGCCGCCACAAUAUAACGUACCAGAGUUGGCGCCAUCCAAAGGGCGAUCAGAAGCAAAAGUCAUGCCCGCAAGAAAAGUCUCCAUAGGCAUGUACAAUUGAUUGAGUGGUUAAUUUUUACGUUUCAGUAGGAAUGUUCAGUUUGUAAGAUGAAUCACCGAAGAGUAAUAAUAAGAAGGAAAAACAUCUUCAAUUUAAGUCGUUGCUUAAGUGAACUGUGGUUG